AUGAGUGGUGUAUUGUGCAACACCAUCUACCCCGCCAUUGUGUACUCGAAGCUGCCUAUUACCAGAUCACCAUCGCACCACUACAACACCCUCCCUGCUCUCUCCUUCCAACCAAUUUCAUAUCGAUACCAUCCCGCCACAAUGCUUCGGCAUCUACGCGUGCAAGAUCGCGUAUUCCAUGUAGCCAUUACGCGAUCGCCUGCGUCGCGUGCCUAG